AUUGUGCUUACUUGCGUGCUCACUCUGAAGGAAACGUUGUGUCCUAAUUGAAAGGACACGUUCAAGUUCUACAAUGGUCGGAUUUAGAAUUGUGGCGUUAAUCUUAGCAACAGUGCUAUGUGGCACAAAUGCAGGCGAUCCGAUGCAGACCUAUAGGUGCCCUUCCAAUACGGUAGUCGACACCUUCUUUGUGCUGGCUCCUACUGGAGGCUACCAGAGCGACAGUUGGAAGAAAGUGUUCCAGUUUACCACUGACGUCAUCAAGCAGUUCCGACUGGGACCAGGCAAUGCCAGGUUUGGAGUGGCGACCAACAGGAACAAUUUCAUCAGGCUGCUUGACCUCUGGAACAUACCCAACGCUACCACCAUUGAAAGGGUCCUCAAGCCCAGGUUAGACCUGAAUGUUAACAAUUUUACCACCAAAGCUUUAGGAGCGUUGAAUGUUAAAAGCAUGUUUGGUACCAAGAUAAAAAACCGCGCAUUUGCAAGGCAAAAUGUCGUCCUAAUUACAGACUUAAAGCUAUCGGCUCUAAAACAAACGCUAAAACAGGCUGAGGCCAUCAAGAAAAAAGGCAAAAAAAUUACAGCCAUUUGGAUCGGGGACUAUUUUACCGAGGACGACUACAAGAUCACGUCUCCAGCUUUUAACGCUGUGCUGACUAUCUAUUCAUUUGAUCAACUUGCUGAACUACUGAACAACAUCGUCCACAGCCUCUGUGCAGAUCCCCCGCCAUCCGAUUUCCCACCAAUAGCAGUAGCUGAGAACAGAACUUCACCAGCAGUGACUGCAGAACCAAGGGUUGAAGAAGUUACGUUUCUACCUUACCCAGGGCUUACAUACCCAACACCCGGACCUGGCCCAAGACUUAACUGUAGGGACGGGGUAGGUGCAGACGUCUACUUCCUCCUGGACUCGUCUAAAACUGUCGGACCCUACAACUGGUACCGACUGACGGAGCAAGUGACAGCAUUCGCCAGCUACUUCCCUAUUGGUCCCUCCUACUACAGGUUCGGUGCAGCUUCGUUCAGCGACAACGUCAAGAAACUCUUUGAUCUGAAGGACGUAGAUGGAAUGGAAGCCCUGAUGCAGAAAACCCUGCAAGCCCAAUUUUUAGACGGUGCAACCGAAACUGGGAAAGCUUUGGAAUUUAUCGGCCUGAACGACGUUUUUGGCUACUACUCAGGGGGUCGCGCUAAUGCCAGGGAUGUCGUCAUCCUGUUGUCCGACGGGUAUGCUUCAUUCAGACAACAAGCGCGAUUGGCUGCUGAAAGGUUAAAGUCCAAUAAUGUAGUUAUCAUCACGGUUGGGAUAGGACCAGAUGUGAACGUUGAUUCUCUCAAGGAGAUCGCCAGCAGUCCUAACGAUUUCUUCAUCACGUUUAACUACGAUACACUUGGUUCGGUUACGAUUGACGUUCUGAACAGAAUGUGCUCUUAUGCAACCCAAGGUAAUAUAACAAAAAUGUAA